GGCGAAGAGAGGAGUUAUGCAGGACGUAAAACAGAUGAACAAUAUUACAGCGUUUUCGUGGCUUGGUUGCUUUUAGACUUUAACAAAUAAGCAUUCACGGCAUCCUAUGAUUGUGAUACGAUUAGGGUGCCUAGUGGUAAAAUUCUACUGAUUUCUUCCUCCAAGAAAUGAGCGAAGUGCCCCCGAACACGCCAAAGCGGCAAGCGAUUGUGGAACGUUUGAGACAACGAAUCGAUUGCUUUCGAAAACGUCACGAUAGCUGUCAGGCCCGGCUCGAAGAAACCCAACCAUCGCGAGAAUUAAAGCAGCUACAAGAAAGUCGGAUUUAUCAAUCGAAAAUUUUGGAAAAUAAAGUAAAGAUGAAUGCUAAAAUUCGUCCGGAGCAAAUUAGUAAGCUGACAAAACAAGAGGAAAGUGGUCCUGAGUCUAAGACUACAGCGGCAGCUAACAAUACUGGCUUGCAGGUACUAUACACACUAUAUUUUCUUACUUCUAAAUUACAACCUAAUUACAAACAAGUAGAUUUUUUAUUCACUUUAAACUCUUGUUAAAGAUUAAUUUUCUUCAUUUGUAUUUUCGCACAGCUUUCAUAGAGCAUCGAGAUUUAUUCUUAUAUUUUACUUAUUUACCCAAAUAUUUCAGGCCAGUGCAAAACGAAAAUUCCCAAGCUCACAGGCUGACGGCGAGAGACAAAAUAAUGAUGAAAUGUCAACCCCCGUCCCGCAGAAAUAUGCUCGUUUUGAAAACCAAAAUGAUGUUCAUUGUAAUGUAAAGCCGAACUUCAAUACAACUGAAGAGUCCGAGCCAUCUUUAUCGUCCAAUAACAUGCCUUAUGCUGCUGUGAAUGGCCACGCUACAGACUUUGUUAAAACCGAAGAUCUUUCUAAAACAAAUUCACCCUUUAAUACUUCGGCUUGUGAAAAUGUAGAACGAACAAUGACGAGAGUUUCACAACAAUAUGGUGGCGGAGAUUUCGCUACGCCGUCAUUUACAAGCCGUGGUCAACCAAGCGAGAAAUCAAGAACGUCUGAAUUCACGGGAACUUUCAAACAAGAAAAUGGUUUACUUAGCUCAAGUAAUGAUAUCUCGACCACCUCUAAUGGUUUAUUAGCAGCUCGCCCGAAGAGCGAAGAUGAUUUCAGACUAUUAACGGACAUUGAAGGUAAUGCUACGAGUAAAAAGGACGACCUCGAGAAUCAACUCAGUCAGUUCGAACUUGUUCUACAGGGGAUUAAGAGGCGAGACGAGAGUUCUAGUGAACCUGAUUCAUCGAAUGACAUUGGAAAAACUUCUAUUUUGCGACCACAUAGUCAAUCUUUAGGGAAUGGCUUAAAUGACAGUCCUGACAUAAAAGGUAAUCAAUUAAGCUUACCGAAUGACAAUACAACACAGUUACCGACCUCUUCAGCUCAACAAUACGCCAUAUCACGUUCAACGGCACAAGCAUUACAACAGUUUGUAAUAGCUCAACAAAACGGGAGGCUUGCUAGUAAAGGGCGUUUUGAAAGAAAUAUGUAUUUAAAUCCUCCAGGGGAGCAAAACAAUCCUCGAAUGGCUGCUCAGCGAGCAAGUCAUAUUCCUCCUGUACGACAGCGUGUUUAUCAACAACUACAGCAACGGAAAAACUUACAGUUACAAAAGAAGAUAACUGGUGCAACUCCCCAACAACUGCAAGCAAGAAAUCCUGUGAUGAACCCUCCAGGAGGAAAUACAGCUUAUCAAAUACAUCCUAAAGUAAGAUAUUCUGGCAUUGCACCAAUUACACAACAAACAUUUCCACAUGCAGCUGGAAGAAUUCAUCAGAAUUUAAUGCAACCUUUGCGACAGCCUGUGCAACAAACACAAGCUCAAUUGCAAGGACACAUGCCAAACCUUCCUCGUCAUCAAAUCAAUAUGCUUGCACAGCAGCAACAACAACAACAACAACAACAACAACAACAACAACAAAAACUUGUAUUUCAACAACAAAUGGCAAGUCGUUUGCCAUCGUAUUCUCAAGCACAACAUUUAGCGAGGUCUUCAUCAGUUAUGGACAUUAGACAUAAAUUUUCUGGAGGAGUCCCUGCAACACAUGCCACUCAAUAUAACCCUAUGCAAGCAACCCGAGCGCAACAACCAUUAUCUCACUUGCAACAUUACAACCCUCCUGGUUAUACUAAUCAAUCUGGACCACCAACCAGACCUGUUCAGGUACCAUACAGUGGUGAUUACCCUGGAUACCAGCAUCCAUAUCAAUAUGGUCAAGAAAGUAAACUACAUUCUGCCUAUACAAGACAUGCAAGUAUGGAUGAUAAUUUAGUCACUAACAGGUUUCAUAAUCCUGAGAUGAACCAGAGAAAUAAUUUUCCAUAUCAACGAAGCAGCAGUCUUCCUGGACAUGCUGCUACUGGUAAUAAUAUGUUCAAUCAGUCAUCACCACCAGUUGUUCGACUUCAAAAUGAACCAAACGUACCUGACAUGAAUAAUAAUGGCAAUGACCAUCCAAAUCAAGACUUAACUCGUGUUCAUCCACAAGCACCACUAACACACAUGAAACAGCAACAUCUUGCGGGGCAACCUAGUAAUCUUGGUAUGAAUCAAGAACAACUCUACCAAAGUAAUGCUAUGUCACUUGCCCAAAGUAGAGCACAACCAUCUACUAAUUUACAGAGUCCACUAUCAAACUCAUUUACUAACCUUCUUGACAUGAAAUCCAAUUCUGAGACAUCACUGUUUCCAUUCCUUGGUCAAGAUCUUGGGGGCGGAGCAACAGACAGUUCAGAUUUUGAUUCAUUGCUAAAAAGUCCACCUGACUUUGACUUACUCAACAUGCUAGACGACCCACAAAAAGCAUUACAAUAAUUUGUAAAAUAUAGAUGAAUAAAUUUCAUAACAGUUUUUAGCACAUCAGGUAUGUAUGAAUUGUUUCAUAAAAUCACUGUACUGUAAGAGGUGUAUAAAAAAGUAGACAAUUCAAUGCAAAUAUUGUCAAAAUGGAAGGUUUAAGCCUGGUUAACACUAGUGAUCUUCUUGGCAAUUUUCACUUCCUUGACAGAUGUUAAUGUAACUCACUGCCAAAAGUAUGGAAUCACUUUUUGGAAGUAUACAUUUCUAAAUAUUUUUCAUGCCACUCAUUCAGUUACAUCUGUCAGUAUGAAAAAAAUUGCCAACAGAAUUACUUGUGUUAAACAGGCUUUAAAAUGUAAUUUGAAUUCAUAGGGGCCAAUUUUAAAAUGUGCUUCAUGAACUGUCAAAGAAAAAAAACAGUUUGAUCUUUGAUCUUAAUUACACUGAUUGAAUUCCUACAUUUCACACAUUGGCAUUUCAUAUGUGAUUAAAUCUCUUUCAAUAUUCACUUUCAAUCCCAAAAAGUCCAAGUUUUAGUGGCUGGACAGUUGACGUGGUGUAUGUCAAAGCACAUUCUAAACUUCCCCAUUUUUUUCACAUAAUUUGAACCUUCCAUUUUUGUGUGCAAACCUUUUUUAAUGUAGUUAAUAUUAAGAAAAAUAAUAGUGUUGAAGAAACGAGAAGGCUCUUAACAAGUCAAAUAUUUCAGUCAUUUAGGGUUCUCUUUGGGAAACUUUUCACCAAAACUUGCAAUAAUUUCAUUUUAGUGGCCAUUUUAAAAUUAUCUACUUUUUUAUAAACCUUGUAUUAAUAGGAUUUUGAUGUAAAAUUGUAAGUUAUUAACUUAUUAUUUUAGCAAAUGUUUCUUCUAAAACGUGCAAUGAAUUUUUGACCAACUAUUGGUCAACUGUCAUUUGGACAGACCUAAUUUGUAGAACAGAAAUUUUAGAAUAUACAUGUAUGUGUUAAUAUUAGCAGUAUUAUGCAAAUAAUUAUGUAAAUUUGCUACAUUUCUGUAAAGAAUAGUCAAGGUUUCCUGAAAGAACAGACGUGUGGUUUCAUUUUUAAGUAGGGUCUUUAUAUGCAGUUAGUUGUUAUAGUACUUCAUGGAAACCAUGGCAACCAGAUUUAAUUAUAUCUGGUAUUAUAUCUGGUAUGCUUUUGCCUGCUGCUCUGUCAAAAACUGUGGUUUACAUAAAUGAACUCAAUCCCUAAACCAAUUAUAUUCAUGAUCCAUUUAAGACAACUGGAGUGUUAAUCAGUUUGGCUGUGAAUGUUUAUAUUGGUUCAGGGAUUGCAACUAUCAUUCACUUGAACCAGAGUGAAUGGAAACAUAAAACUGUAAAUUAUAAGCAGUCUAAUUGGUAGCCUCGUGAAAAGAUGAGCAUUUUUAUAACUUUACUAAAAUAUUCAUUACAUGUAAAAAAAACUUGAUUGAGAUGGCCUUUGUCAUCAAACGUAUAAUGUAGCUGGAGGGUUUAGGAGAUUUGGGAAAUUUACUUUCCUUGCCAGCUAUACAACUCCACAUCACUUUAAUUAAAGCAACCGACAUGUUAAGGAUCCAUGAUACAGGGAUCCCCCAUGCACCGAACAACUUGUUAUACUUGCCUUUAGACUAAGUGACGGUUUCCCACACAACAUGGUAGCUUCACAAUAGGUUUUGGAGCACAGGUUUGGAAAGAGAUGCAGCAUUAAAGGAAGAAAAAUGAUCUGGGGUAAAACACAUGGAAUAAAAAAUUGGGCUUGAGUGAUAAAACAUUUCGUUCUGUUGUGAUUUCAUUUCUCCGUUUAUCAUUUGAAUUUAAAGCCGUUGCGUUUGCAUAGUAUUUAAAUGUAAUGUUUUACAACACCGGCCUGUCGUAGUGAAUAUACUAUACAAUGAAAAUGAAAAAUAAUAAUGGCUGACUCAGUUUCAGAAAUAG